AUGUCUUUCUCUCUGGCCCCUCUUGAACCGAUUGUUGACCUUAAUUCUUGGGUUUCAACGCAUAUUAAGAAAAAAGAAUGCGUUGCUUUCAUCCCACAAAAGUCUAGUGAUGGGGAGACCUGUGGAUGUGGUUACACCAGAGAAUCCCAUUUUCAUGACACCUCAAAUCCCAAUAGGCCACCUGAAAUCAAUUGGGACCCUCAGAAAACUGUCGAAGAAUUUCCCAGUGAUGCACAUGGGGACAUGACAUUUACAGGAACCACCAGGACCUGGGCCAAGUACGUGCGAGCAUCCUCCGACACUCAUCCCAGCAUAUUGUUUGAACUGAUGACAGAGCAGUGGGGGGCUUCGUGUACCAAGUCUCCUCAUAUCUGUGACAGGAGGAGCCAAAAAUUUCAACAUCAGUCCAAGGCUGAAGACCCAGUUCAGCCGGGGCCUUGUGAAGGCUGCACGAAGCACAGGGGCCUGGAUCAUCCACUGUGAAGGUUCUCAUUGCUUGGGGUC